ACACAAUCGGUAUAGUGUUAUUCUUGAUAAGGAAUUUUUUAUUAAAUCCCCGUUUUUCCUUAUCUGCUAUUUACAGUUUAAAUUUAUACUUAAUUAUGAUAAUCACUUCUAGUUAAGGCGAAAAUAUUUUUUACGAGUUGUUUUUCCAAUAAAAAGAUGAACGUAUAAGUGAUAUUAUUAUUGCGAAUUUAUUCAAAAUUGAAUAAAAAAAAUCGUAAACGAGUGGUAGAAAAUUAGAAAUGGUCAGAUGCCUAGACGGAAUAACAAUUACAUUGACCCCGAGGGGUCAUCUCGGUAUAUCACUCGACCUCGAAGUAACACGUGGUCAAUUGCUGUCGGAAACGAUAUCGCUUCGUCUUCUAUCAAUUUCGAAAGAGGUGCCCGAGGACCAAGAAGAUCUCUAAGGAUUAGUGAAGAACCUACAAAUAAAUUACGCCUUAGAGUGAUUUGUGCUAAAAAUCUCAUUAAAAAAGAUAUAUUUGGGGCAAGUGAUCCUUAUGUAAGAAUUGAUUUAAACAGCGCAAAUGGGGAAGAAACAAUUGAUUCUGUACUUACGAAAACAAAAAGAAGGACCCUUAGUCCGGAAUGGAAUGAGGAAUUUAUAUUUAGGGUAAAACCGACCGAGCACAAAUUAGUAUUACAAGUAUUCGACGAAAAUCGUCUAACCCGCGACGAUUUUCUUGGUAUGGUGGAACUACCCUUACAGAAUUUACCCAAAGAACAAUUGGGAAGGAACAUACCGACAGUGAAAUAUUUGCUACAGCCCAGGAGCGAUUUCAGUACCCGUUCGAGGGUUAGGGGACACCUGGAAUUGUACCACGCCUUUUUAUACGACAGUAACCUACCCCCGAUCGCCGCCCCCGAAGAACCAGCCGACGAAAGAGAUUGGGAGAUCGUCCACGAAGGCAGAGAAGAAGAAGCCUCCCAACCUUUGUAUAUCACCCCUACGACGGAAUCCCAUACGUUAGCCUUGCCUUCCGGUUGGGAGGAGAGACAGGACGCCAACGGAAGGACUUAUUACGUUAAUCACAUAGCCAGAACGACUCAAUGGGAACGACCGACCCUGAGUACGCAGGAUACGCAUAGUGAUGGUACCGUAGAACAGAGGGAGAAUUUCGAACGUCGUUUUCAUAUUAGUGCCGACGAGGAAUCCAACGACCGCGGUGAUAUUAAUCAGUCGGAUAUACCGGAAACGGGAAUCGAAGGAGGAGACGUCGAUAGCGAAGAGGAGGAGGUGGAGGAGGAGGAGGCGGCUGAUUUGACGGAUAGGGAAUACCGUAACUCGUGCAAUACGGAUUAUAACGCCUCGGCGGAAAGUAACGCUAGCAGCAGGAGAAGUUCCAUCGACAUGCCCAUGUAUCGGUUAACUUUAAGGGACGGUAAUAGAGAUGGGGCAGACGAUGAGAGCGACGACCAACACGAUAGCAUCUCAAACGAAUCUUCCAGAAGAGAUUCGACCGUUUCGACAUCGACCAGUAAUAGCAACUCCCAGAAUAAUCUGGACGUUCUUUCCGAAGGUCUUCCUGCAGGAUGGAGUAUCCAGAGGGCACCCAACGGGCGUCUGUUCUUCAUAGACCACAACGAGAAGACGACAUCUUGGGUGGAUCCUCGAACAGGUCGAGCCAGUCCGAUGCCCAAUCAAGCGGCAGCUCCAAUUAUCAACAGAAAACCCGAUGACGAUUUGGGACCGUUACCGGAAGGAUGGGAGGAGAGGGUCCAUUCGGACGGAAGGAUAUUCUUCAUAGAUCACAAUACCAGGAUAACCCAAUGGGAGGAUCCUAGGCUAUCAAAUCCCCAAAUAGCAGGUCCUGCGAUUCCCUAUUCCAGAGAUUAUAAACGGAAGUAUGAGUAUAUGAAAACCCAACUCAAAAAACCAAAUAACGUCCCAAAUAAAUUCGAGAUUAAAGUUAGAAGGAGGAGUAUCCUGGAGGAUUCUUAUAGGGUCAUAACGUCCGUAUCUAGGAUUGAUUUACUGAAAACGAAGCUGUGGGUGGAAUUCGAAGGGGAAGUCGGUUUGGAUUACGGAGGUUUGGCUAGGGAAUGGUUUUAUUUGUUAUCGAAGGAAAUGUUCAACCCUUAUUACGGUUUAUUCGAAUAUUCGGCUAUGGACAAUUAUACCUUGCAAAUCAACCCCUUUUCCGGUCUGUGCAACGAAGAACACCUCAGCUAUUUCAAAUUCAUCGGAAGGGUGGCCGGCAUGGCGGUCUACCACGGGAAAUUAUUAGACGCUUUCUUCAUCAGACCUUUUUACAAAAUGAUGUUAUCCAAAACCAUCGAUCUGAAAGAUAUGGAAUCCGUCGAUUCGGAAUACUACAAAUCCCUGUUGUGGAUCAAAGAAAACGAUCCCUCGGAUUUGGAUUUAACGUUUUCCGUUGACGAAGAAUCCUUCGGACACACAUCGGUGCACGAAUUAAUCGAAGGGGGCGUCGAUAUACCCCUGGACAAUUCCAAUAAGGACGAUUACAUCAAAUGUAUAAUUCAGUGGAGGUUCGUCGGGAGGGUGCAAGAGCAAAUGAACGCGUUCCUCGAGGGUUUUAGCGAUUUGAUCCCUUUGAAUUUGGUUAAAAUAUUCGACGAACACGAAUUGGAGCUUCUGAUGUGCGGUAUACAGCACAUCGACGUCAAAGAUUGGAAAGUUAAUACUUUGUAUAAGGGCGAUUAUCACGCUAAUCAUAUAGUGGUGCAGUGGUUUUGGAGGGUUGUGUUGUCGUUUAGUAACGAAAUGCGUGCUAGGCUGUUGCAGUUUGUUACGGGAACUUCGAGGGUGCCUAUGAACGGUUUUAAGGAGUUGUACGGUAGUAACGGGCCGCAGUUGUUUACUAUUGAAAAAUGGGGAACGCCGGAAAAUUUCCCUAGGGCUCAUACUUGUUUCAAUCGAUUGGAUCUACCCCCUUAUGAAAGUUACACUCAUUUAAAGGAUAAACUUAUUAAAGCUAUCGAAGGGUCUCAAGGUUUCGCGGGCGUUGAUUAGCCCCCCAAUUUUAACUUGACGUGUAAUUUCUCGCAUUUUUACCUUAAAAAAAAAGAAAAAAAUUCUGUCCAUUACUUGAUAAUUUAAGUUUUAUUUAUAGUCUAUUUGAAUUAUAUAUACAUAAAUAUAUAUUUUAUAGUCAUAUGUAUAUUGUUGAUUUUAUUCUGUAUACUCUGUAAAUAACGCUAAUUAUAUAUUAUUUCGAAAUUUAAAAA